AUGUGGAAUUGCAGAGGAGCUGCAGGAAAGGACUUCUUUCGAUAUAGUAAAUACUAUAGCGACAUGUAUAAACCAGACCUUUUUGUUUUUAUGGAGACAAGAUGCGAUCCACAGAAACUACAUAAACCUCUGAAUAAUUUGGGGUUCAGAAUUUUUUUUUCAGUUGACAAUACUGGAUAUGCGGGCGGCAUUAUAGUGGCGUGCAAAGAUGAAAACAUGAAAGUAAGUUUAUGUCUUCAUGUUGAUCAGUGGAUCCAUUUAAAAGUGAUCAAUAAUGAUGGAGUGGAAUGGAGGCUCACUGCGAUUUAUGCUAGUUCUUUUGAGCAAAAGAGGAAGCUAAUGUGGGAUGCCUUGAAAAGUAUAGCCACCAGCGAAAAUUUUCCUUGGCUGGCUGCUGGGGACUUUAAUGACAUAGCCUAUGCAACUGAAAAACGAGGCGGUGGUUGUGUGUCGAGCAGGAAAUGCAAUACAUUCAGAAACAAUACGGAGGAGUGUAACCUGUCUGAUAUGGGGUCUAGUGGACCGAAAUUUACGUGGAGGGGAGGUAUUUAUCGUAGGGGCCAACGGAUCUUUGAGCGGUUGGAUAGGUAUUUAUCUCCAUAUUAA